AUGGGGAGAAAGGAAAAUUUGUCUUUGGAGAAGUCACUCUCCUUCCUUGUCCUCAUUGUCAUGCUGCAUAACUCACUCAAUGUUGCUUCUGACUCUGUUGAUGAAGCCAAUGCUCUUCUCAAAUGGAAAGCCAGCCUUCCUAACCAAACUCAGUCGAAGUUAGCUUCAUGGUCUCUCCCUCCUAAAAAUGCCACCGUCUCCCAACCAUGCACUUGGUUUGGAAUUUCUUGCAAAAAUGGAAGCGUCAAUAUAUUCAAUCUUUCAAAUUCAGGUAUUGCAGGCACACUCGAUGAAUUUUCAUUCAAAUCCUUCCCUAAUCUCGCAUACGUUGAUCUAUGGAACAAUGGCCUCAGUGGUUCCAUUCCACCCCAAAUCAGUCAGCUCACAAAGCUCAUAUAUCUUGACUUGUCUAGUAAUCAGUUUUCUGGGAGUAUCCCACCUGAGAUUGGCUUGUUAACUCAUCUUGAGGUCCUGUAUCCAGAUAGAAAUCAGUUGAAUGGCUCCAUUCCCGAAGAGAUAGGCAAUUUAAAGUCUCUUAACGAGCUUGCUCUGUCUAGCAACCAACUAGAUGGACCAAUUCCAACUUCUUUGGGAAAUUUAACCAAUCUAGUUAGCUUGUAUCUCUAUAACAACUCACUAUCAGGUUAUAUUCCUCCACAAAUAGGGAACCUCUCCAAUUUGAUUGAGCUCGACAUAGAUACCAAUCUCCUAACAGGUCGUAUCCCUUCCACUUUGGGAAACUUGAAGAACCUGAAAGUGUUGCAUGCGUUUCAGAAUCAACUUUUUGGAUCCAUUCCCCCAGAGAUAGGAAAUCUGAAAUCACUUCAUGAGCUAGAUUUGAGCCAAAAUAAACUCAAUUGUUCUAUUCCAGCUUCCCUUGGCAGUUUGAAAGAAUUGCAAAUUCUUUCUCUCCGUGACAACAAACUUUCUGGAUUCAUUUCUCAAAUAGAAAAUGUCAGAUAG